GGAAUUAUUGGGAGGAGCUGCGACAGGGAGACAGUGGGCAAAGAAAGUAGCGAUGCCACUCCCACCCCGGUGCUAAAAAGAACAGUGGGAGCAGUUUGGGUGUACUCGGCAAAUAGUAUUAUCACCGGGAUCUUUGGAAGGAGUCUCGCGGUUGCUGGAGUCUACCUUCUAAACCGCUCCGGAAUGAUCUUGCUGGAACGGAACGUUUGCUACUCCAGGAAGGAUAAUCAGUAUUAGAAAGUUAACACGGGGAGCAGUAGCUUCGGUUCUUUCACAGCGAACCGGAAAAUGUUUCUUCCAAGAUUUGGAAUCAUAGUAGAAAAAUAAUUAAAUUUUGAACUUUUCGACAUAUGGUAAACACCAAAAGAAAUACAAACCGUAUAAAUGGAUUUCGGUCUAGCCAACAAAAUCUAGUGUGUGGCCUGGCAAAGAUAAAUAAUGGACCUCAUAUCAAGAAUUUUACAUUUAUAGGAUCCAAUCUUACGUUUAUGGUGUAUGAAUACACCAUUGCAUCAAAUCUCUGUAAUCCCAGCUCAAGAUGUUACUUUUUCCAGAGUUUCUAAGAAGAAAGCCAAGAGGAAAGAACAGGCAUCUGCUACACCAACCAAUCAGGACAUUUGCAGUUCCAGUGCAGUGGGUUUUGAAUGUUGUCAUCCCAGUCCAGUACAAUCUGCUGUUAUCUUGAAAAAUCUUGUCUGCCAGAAUGCUCUGACCUCCAGUGCCACUGUGACAGUAACCUGUCAGAAUAUGAUGCAGGCUUCCAAGGCAAACUCCCAUGGGCAUGGACGUGUCUAUUCUCCCAAGUCUAACAAUGAAAAAUCCAGCCAUGCUCUGAAAUACUCCAAGUCUCUCAGUGAUAUGGAUCAGAAGGCCGAUACAAUUGACAGAUUUAGCUGCAUGGAACGUACAUGUUCAGAAGGCAGACUUACCCAAAUGCAAGAGCAGUGUUUAAGACUUAACAUAUGUCAUAAGGAGGAGAAAUCAUUCAGCUUCAGGCCCUUCACUGUUAACAAUGGCAGACUUUCAUAUUUCUGGUCACUCUCGACCAAUUACUCAAGCACUUCUCUGGCUACUGAUACUCAUAGUGCUGUACGUAUUCCUCUCCUGGAGGACAAGUAUAGCAACGUCUCCCAGAAUAAAGAUUUGUUGCAGUACCUUUUCUCUUUCUCUCAUAGUUCCAAAUCAAGCAGUCAUGAACUGGAUAACAAGUCAAGCUGUCUCCGGCCAGAGAAAUCAUCCACUGGUAUGCUAGAGAGUACAGGUUUCUGUUCAGAUGAUGGAGAUGAUGAUGUCUUUGAGGACAAUUCUAUGAGGCUGAACAUUACAGCACUACGGGCACCACUCUGCUCAACUGAAAAGGAUAGUGAUCUAGACUGCCCUUAAUUGUCAGAAAAUUUCCCUCCACUUUCCCCUGUGUCUGUGUCUGGAGAUGUCUGCAGGAUAUGCCAUUGUGAAGGAGAUGAUGAGAGCCCAUUAAUUACUCCCUGUCAUUGCACCGGAAGCCUUAAUUUUGUCCAUCAAGCUUGUCUGCAGCAGUGGAUCAAGAGCUCAGACAUCCGUUGCUGUGAACUCUGCAAAUAUGAAUUCAUCAUGGACACCAAAUUGAAACCUUUAAGAAAAUGGGAGAAACUGCAGAUGACAGGCAGUGAGCAAAGAAAGAUCAUGUGCUCUGUAACUUUCCAUAUCAUUGCUAUCACUUGUGUGGUGUGGUCACUCUAUGUCCUCAUAGACCGGACGGCUGAAGAAAUUAAACACGGAGAAUCCAUGGGUAUUCUAGAAUGGCCAUUUUGGACUAAGCUAGUAGUAGUAGCUAUUGGUUUCACCGGUGGAAUUCUUUUCAUGUAUGUUCAAUGCAAAGUUUAUGUACAACUGUGGAAAAGACUUAAAGCUUAUAACCGUGUGAUAUAUGUACAGAACUGCCCAGACAUAAGCAAAAGCAGAUUAGAAAAACAAAAUGCUGAAUAUUCAAGUAUCUUCAGAAGCCAUCAUACAGAGACUACCAGUUCAAAUUGCACAGAAACUGAAAAUGUGAAUGCUAACAUUCUUCAUAUUUGACAUGUUUUUUUCUUGAAGAUUUGGAUCAGCAUUAUUUACUAUUUUCAGAUAUUUAACUUAAGACUGAGUUGGUAGAAAUAUUCUUCUUUUACCAGAGCAUCAAUCAGAAGAUAAACCGAAGAAAGUCUGCUUGAAUGAUAUAUAAAUGAUGUUAAUCAUUAUUUUCUCUCCAUUUUAAAACAAUUCAGUUUUGGUCAAUCAUUCUAAAAUAUGUCUUGGUUACAUUAAGAAAGUGUCUUUUCUCUACUAUAUGAAACUAUUAAAUGAGAUACAAAGGAGGAAAUAUGUUUUUACAUAAACAUACUAUUAUACAUACCUCUAUAGUGCACCAGGACCCCAUUUACAAAUCUUCAUGUUGCAAAUAGUAUGUAGUUCUACUAUUGCUGUAAAUAAUUUGCUUACACUGUAUCUGUGAACUGUAUCACACUCAGGGUAGGGAUGUCGAAACAUGAAGCACUUUUAAUUGUUUUUAUAUUAUAACAAAUUUGAAACAAUCUCAGUUCAGUGUGUUCCUUUGAAUUACUGAAAGCACAUUAAUAUGUAGACCUGACCAUUUGCCUUAAAACAACAAGGUUUGUACUAAAAAUUUCCUCAAAUGUUCUUAUGUCUAAUAAUAAAUACUUUCUUGACAUUUUGUUUGUUUGCCCUUUUUUAAAAAUACUGCAAACUUUGAUUGUGGAACAGAAAAUAAUGAUAUAGAUUAAAUGUUUUCAGUAUUCUCUGUAAUAUUAGAAUAAGUUAAUUGAUCUGAUUUUAAUAAAAAAGAAUUUUAGUGCUGCACUUUUCUAGCAUAUUUUAUAUAUGUAUACAUAUCUUCAAGUCAGCCUUGACUACUGGUGAUUGCAUUGGCAACCUUUUUGGAAGUGAUUGCUCUUACCUCAUUCCUCAAGGUAAAAGAUUGUGUCUAGGCCAAAGUCAUCAGCUGGUUUCUGGACCUGAAACAGGACUAAAAUUCAAAGUCUUUAUCACUACCUGGCUCUCUUUCUAGUAUUUACACCUGCUUGUAAUGUAUUUGAAGUACAAUGCUGAUUGUAUGCAUUCUAUCUGACAUACUUCCAUCCGAGAAUUUAAAGCAGGUUUAAGAAGAAUUGGUAGAUGUUAUCAAUUCUAAUUAAAUGUGCUUGUAAAGUCCUGCCUCACCAGCCUUCUCAAGAAAACAGAACUCUUGAAAUGAAUGGCAUUUCAAAAGGAACUUUUAUUGGAUGACAAUGAUAGUAGAGUGUAGACAACAUCUGACUUUUGUGCGCUGGAGCGUUAGGUUAAACAACUCCUUUUUGAGGCCCUUCCCAAUGUCCAGUUCAUCUUUGAGCCAAUUCCAAGGUGUGAAGAUGUAAGAAUUUCGGGUUGAGAAGAUAAGUAACAGGUGCCAUAAUCUCGCUCCUCCAGUGGUGAGACAAAACAGAUUGCCCAAAGCACAUUCUUUCCCCCCUCCCAACAUCCUAAAGGUACAUCAAAGCAGAGAACAGGAACAAAGGAAAAUCCAAUGCAAGUGUAGUCCGAAUCCUCCCCCUCCCUCCAUAAUGGCAAGGUCCCAAUAGAGAUCAAUGGGACUUGGCAGUGCUUUAAUUGUCUUGGAACGCCCAAAAUGUUAAUAAUAAAAAAUUGAAGUUUGA